GUAAUAUAAAAGUUGCGUAAAUCCAAUCAUACAGGACAAAGUCAUCCUUAUUUUAAUCCAUGUUACAUAUGAACUAGUUAAUUUUUUGCGUCGAUGUAAAAUUAUGCUGAUCUGGAACACGGAUUUAAGCAAAAAGGAUUGCUAGCCUCUACGGUUAUAGACAAACAUCCAUGUCAAGAAAUGUCAAGGUAGAGAGAUGCAGACUGACUAUUGACUUACGUAUUGGUAUGACAUGACUGAAAAUAGUCAUAUAUUUAUUAACAAUUUGAUAGAAUAUAUACAUUUCAUUAACACCCAUUACUGUUAUCUUAUAUGAGGUACAUGUAAGUAGUGGACAAUUAUAAAUGGUAAACAAAGAAGUUUGAAAAAUUUCAACAAAUCGGAUCAAGAGUGAACUGUACUAAUUAUGUGAAUUAAAGUUUCCCUAAUGAUGGCUAUGUCGAAUUUAUAUUCAAAAAUUGGAUCAAAACCAUUAAAGCGUAUUCAAGAAAAUACAAAUGUUGCUCAAACAAGUUCAUGGAUGAACACUGAAAGUCCAUCCAAUGGCUCUCUCAACUUGUCUCCACCACACACUAUAUACCAAAAAGAAAGUUUAACAAUUCUUCAACCUAUUAGUGCUCCAGAAUCUCCUUCUUCCAGUUCAUGUGGAUCGCCUACAGUUUCUAUAAGUGCCCUAGACCAAAAUUGGCAGGCUUCAAAAAGUAACAUUAGAGAAAGAAAUGCAACAAUGUUCAAUAAUGACUUGAUGGCAGAUGUCAGAUUUCUGGUUGGUACUCCAGGCAGCUCAACACAAGUUAUACCAGCUCACAAAUAUGUUCUCUCUACUGGCAGCUCUGUUUUCUACGCAAUGUUUUAUGGGGGCCUUGCAGAGAGUAAAGAAGAGAUAGAAGUGCCUGAUGUUGAUCCCACUGCAUUCCUUACGCUACUUAAAUACUUGUAUUGUGAUGAAAUUCAUUUGGAACCAGAUACAGUUCUAGCUACUCUGUAUGUAGCUAAAAAGUACAUAGUGCCUCAUCUUGCCAGAGCUUGCGUUAACUACCUCGAAACAAGUCUUACAGCAAAAAAUGCUUGUCUUUUGUUGAGCCAGUCGAGACUUUUUGAAGAACCUGAUUUGAUGCAACGAUGUUGGGAAGUUAUUGAUGCUCAGGCCGAAAUGGCAGUAAAGUCGGAAGGUUUUAUAGACAUUGAUAUGGCGACAUUACAAUCUGUACUAGCUAGGGAGACACUUAAUUGUAACGAGAUGAACCUUUUGGAAGCCGCACUCGCUUGGGCGGCUGCGGAAUGCAGCCGGAAAGAUUUAGAAGUAACACCGCAGAAUAAAAGGGAAGUUUUGGGAAAUGCACUCUAUCUUAUUCGAAUACCGACUAUGACAUUGGAAGAAUUUGCUAAUGGUGCAGCACAGAUGGGCAUUCUAACACAACAAGAAAUCAUAGAUAUAUUUUUCCAUUUUACUGCAACCAAUAAACCUUGCUUACAGUAUUCUGUCAAACCAAGAUCUGGAUUAAAGUCACAAGUAUGUCAUAGGUUUCAGUCUUGUGCAUACAGAUCAAACCAAUGGCGUUACAGAGGGCGUUGUGACAGCAUUCAAUUCUCGGUAGAUCGAAGAAUUUUUGUUGUGGGAUUCGGUCUUUAUGGGUCUUCUAGUGGAGGCGCUGACUAUGCGGUGAAAAUCGAAUUAAAACGAUUAGGUAGAGUCCUUGCCGAAAACAACACGAAAUUUUUCUCUGAUGGUUCCAGCAAUACUUUCCAUGUUUAUUUCGACAAUCCCAUACAAAUAGAACCCGAAACGAUUUAUACAGCAUCAGUCAUCCUAGAUGGAUCAGAAUUGAGUUAUUUUGGACAAGAAGGGAUGAGUGAGGCGACAGUUGGUCAAGUAACUUUCCAAUUUCAAUGCAGCUCGGAAAGUACAAACGGUACAGGAGUGCAAGGUGGACAAAUACCAGAGCUUAUUUUUUAUGGUCCUACCAAUGAAAGUCAUUAGAUUUAGUAAUUUUUGUUGACCAAUUAUAAUCGGCCAUAGAGUACCUAGAUAAUAGAGAGGUUAUGAUUUAAAUGAGUACAAACACAAAUAAUUGGAAAAUUUUAUAUUAUUAAAGCUAAAUUUGAACUACCAUCGCUGUUUCAACGUCUCAAAUAUAUUUUCGUAGAUAAGACAAUAGAUGAAACUUAACACUCCAUUUUUUUCGAAAAUCGGUUUCUAAAUGUUUUUUGUCGUCAAAUUUUGCUUGUAAGUCAAAACAAUGAUAGUUUUUCAUAGUUACUUUUCCCUUAUCGAGGAUUAUUCAUAAUCUCGUUUAAUAUUAACUCAGAAAUGCUAAAUAGGCUCGUGGGUCACUUUUUCUUAACUUAUUUUCAUUUGUUUUAUUACUCCUCACAUUUUCAAAUUAUUUUCUUCACUAGAUAAGUAACAUUUAGAAUUUGAAGAGAAAUUGUUUUUUUUGUAACCUUGCUCCAACACAUUUCAUUGAAUUUUCUAUGAACACAACACUAUUUAAUAGUGAUAAAAUUUCUAGGGACUCCAAAAGUUCCUGCCUUGUUACUUUGAUAAAUUCAUUUGCCCUGCUUAUAUCAAAAUUCCUUUCUAAUUCAAUUGCAAAAAUGUUAUAACAUAAACUAAUUAUAGUCUAGUAAACUAAAAAUGAAAUUAGUCAGCUUUAUCCAAAUUCAAACGUCAGUGGCGGAGAUAUUUGAUCUAUAAUAUUCUAAUAUAAUUUUGAUUUAAAUAUUGGUUGGUUUUUUUCGCACUUCACUUUGAUGUUUGACAAAUACAUCUUUUCAAAAAUAAUUAUUUAAAGUACGAUUUAGUCCGCUUCAUUUGAUAAAGAACUGUCAGUAUUGUAGCUACUAUUAUUGAUACCACCUUGAAAUAAGACUGAUUCAGUAAGUGUUACCACUAUAAAAUCUAAUUUUCACAUGCGGUUUUUAUCUUUUCGAAUGUAAUUCAUAGCGUUGUUAAUGAACACUCAGUUUACUGCUACCACUACACCAAUACUGUCCAUUAUACUGUCUGACGCGCAUUUCUAUAAUCAAGUUUAGUGUUUAAUAUUGAUAUAAUCAAAGGUUCCAUAAAUUAGGAUUUAGUUAUAGUGUUCUUUCGUGCUGAAAGAGUAUCUUCAUUUAUUGCAGUACAUAGCCAAAGCUAUGCAAUUUUGGAAGUUACAUUGUGCUACAUAACAUGUUUGUGCCCAAAUAAAUUCUAUAGGGCUAAAUUCGCAGUCAUAAAACCUUAAUACCACCAUUCCAUCGACAACUUAUUCAAUCUAACUGGUUCGGUUUAGUUUCAUUAAAUCUGCUUGAUUUGCAAUAUCCUCGUAUCCAAUCCCCUUUUACCACAGCAGUUGGUAUAUCUUAACUUUUUGACUGUUUGUAGUGAGAAUAUGUUUGAUUCGGCGACUAUUAUGGGAAGCCUUAUCCAUUACUAUAAUAGAUUGAUCUUGACACUAAUUGGAUUCAUAACAACAGUCUGCAUUUAAAAUCUCGUGAUAGUCACCAGUUUUUCAGGUACAAAGAUCAUCGAUUUCACCAGAAAUUAACUGUCAUUAAGUUACUAUAGGCUGCUGUUUAAAAGAAAAUUAUUCCUCAUUCAUUUUAUCCACUUGAUUAUCGCAUCAAAUUUGUUAAUUUAUCCACAUUGUAAAUUUGUCUGUGGUACUUGAUCCUCGCCCCAACGUCCUAUUUGUCUUAAAAUUUUCUAAGGUAGCCGACUAAUUCAAUUUUCAGUUUGUCAAAUUAAACUAAUAAUUAAAAAAACAAA